ACCAACCAGCUCUCAGCUGCCUCUGCUCUUCAUCCUCAUUAGAGUGUCACCUCCUCCUCAGACUCCCGACAAUUCUCCUUCGGCAUGGCGGCACUGUGGCUCCAGUCCUUCUCCCUGCUGGUCUUACUGGUUGUAUCUUGGCCGGGGUCCCAGGCUUUUUCUGCUCCACAGCACCUGUGCGGCUCUCACCUGGUUGAUGCUCUCUACCUGGUAUGUGGGGAGAGGGGCUUCUACUACCGCCCCAAUAGAGAUGUGGACCAUAUUCUGGGCAUAUUCCCUUCAAAGACAGACACAGGGUCGGCUCAUGCGGGUGAAAAUGAGGUGCCUGAGCUGUCCUUUGAGGAUCAGAUGCAGAUGAUGGUUAAGAGAGGCAUUGUCGAGCAGUGCUGCCACAACCCCUGCAACAUCGCUGUACUGCAGGAAUACUGCCACCCGUAACCAAGCACACCUAAGAUUUUUGGCUAACUUAAAGCAACCCCCGCAAACCACCUUCACCCUAGCCUCUGCAGAGCAGCAGUGCGGAUCUCUUUCAGAGAACCAGCUGCAGUCAAUGACGUGCUGAGAAAUGGAUUAUUUUUGCAAAAAAAAAAAUUAAAGUUUUAUGAAUUGAGACAUCUGGAUUUUUUAAU